AAAUAAUUUUAAUAAGCAUUUGUAAGGAUUAUGUAAGACAAUGAAUUACUAUAAAAGUCAGGGAUUUUUUUUUUUUUCAUAAAAUUAUUGUUAAAUCAAAAUUAAAAAUAUUAUGAUAUCCUCUAUAACUACUGCUACUAAGAUUGCUAGAACCAUUACAAAGGCUGUUCUUUCAAGAGAACAAAUGGAUGGAGUGGGUGCUAAAGUGUAUCGUUCUAUUGGCAGCAAUGCUCUUCGUAACUUGGAUCCUUUCUUAAUGUUGGAUGAAUUUGAUGUUCAUGCUCCUGGAGGAUUCCCAGAUCAUCCUCAUAGAGGAUUUGAAACGGUAACUUAUAUGUUGGAAGGUGAAUUCUUACAUGAAGACUUUAAAGGUCAUAAAGGUCGAAUUGGUCCUGGUGAUUUACAAUGGAUGUCUGCAGCUCGUGGUAUCGUUCAUGCUGAGAUCCCUGCAAGUAAUAAGAGGUCACAUGGUCUUCAACUUUGGGUUAAUCUUUCGAGCAAAGACAAGAUGUCAGAACCCAAUUAUCAAGAAUAUCCUAAAGAAAAAGUAACUCAAGUUAUUCCUGAAGAAGGUGUGACGAUUAAAGUCAUUGCAGGUGAAUCCUAUGGUGUUAAAAGUCCUGUCAUGACUAGAACACCUACUAUGUUUAUUGAUGUUAAAUUGAAAAAGGGGAAAAAGAUGGAACAAAUCAUUCCCAAGAGCUAUGCAGGCUUUAUUUAUACAAUUUCAGGUACGGGCUUAUUUGGUGGUAAUCAUCAUUCAUCAGAAGCACAUCAUACCUUAGUUUUAAGUGAUAAUGAAGGUGACUUUAUUCCUAUUGAAUCUACUUCGGAUGAUUGUCAUUUUGUUAUUAUUGCUGGUGAACCUAUUAAAGAAUCUACAGUUCAGCAUGGUCCUUUUGUAAUGAAUACUAGGCGUGAAAUAGAGCAAGCCUUUGCUGACUAUCAACAAGGCAAAAAUGGCUUUGAAGGUGCCCCUGAAUGGGUUUCAUCUAUUAGAGAUCGUUGGACUUUUUAAAUUUUUUAUUCUUGUAUCAUUAUUUUUUUUUUGUCGCUUUAUAAUAACCUAUUUGUAUGUUCACUCUCUUAUAUCCUAAUAUAAAUAAAAACAGUUUUCUUCUUAUUUUAAUAAACUGAAUUCUAAAAUAAUUGAAACGAAACGAAUAAAAGAUGAUCGUCUAUUUUGUAAACAGUGACUUAAUUAUGAUAUAUAAGAAAG